ACCUUGAGCAUAACCAGUGGUGCACAGGAAGCGUAUCCUUCCUUACCAAAACCAUGAAUGCCUGUCGCAGUAGCUGUGCAUUUGUUCUUCAACCGAUCAAAACUCCGAAACAUCCCAUUCUCCUCUUUUCCAGAAAACCCAGAAAUCUAACCCUUAUUUGCAAAGCAGAAUCAAAAUCCAAUAACCUCGGCGGCUCCAGCAAGAGAAAUGCAAUGGAAGGUAGGAGACCCAACCGGAGAAACCCCAGAAAAUCUUCUUACGGAACAUCAAGGGGGUCAGUUCUGAAGAAAACAUUCAGUCAGGAGCAGGUGGUAUUCACCACUCCAAUCCCAGAGGACCCAAUUGUUGCCAUUAUCGGGGGAGGUCUUGCGGGGCUUACUUGUGCUCUCAAUCUUGAGAAACGGGGAGUUCGGUCCACUGUGUUCGAUACGGGGAUUCAUGGAUUGGGAGGAAGAAUGGGAACAAGAGUUAUUGAUCAGCAGCCUCUGAUUUUUGAUCAUGCAGCUCAAUUUUUUACAGUGGGUGAUUCUCGGUUUGCUGAGUUGGUGGAUGGGUGGUUGGAGAAGGGUCUGGUACAGCAGUGGCAGGGUCUAAUCGGAGAGCUUGAGGUGGGUGGUCGAUUUGUUUCACUGCCUUCUUUAUGUCCAAGAUAUAUCGGUGUUAAUGGGAUGCGCCCCCUUGCAGAUUCAAUUCUGUCUCAGACUUCUAUGGUUAAUGUGAUGAGGCCAUGCUGGAUAAGUAAACUCGAUCCGUUUAACGGGAUGUGGCACUUGAGCGAGAAUGGAAAACCUUGUGGGCAGUUUGAUGCAAUUGUUAUUGCACACAAUGGAAAAUGUGCAAAUCGCUUGCUUGCUUCAUCAGGCUUACCAUUAAUUGCUAGACAAAUGAAGAGGCUGGAACUUAGUGCUAUCUGGGCCCUUCUUGCAGCAUUUGAGGAUCCUCUUCCUACCCGAGGUAUUACUUCUUUUGAAGGAGCUUUUGUAAAAGGAGUUGAUGCUGUUUCAUGGAUGGCAAACAACACAAAGAAACUGUUCCCUUCCCAGAGCAGUGGGCCUUAUUGCUGGACCUUUUUCAGCACUGCUGCUUAUGGAAAACAAAACAAAGUUCCACAGGAAAAUAUUCCAAAAGUGACUGCAGAGAGGGUGACGGCCAGCAUGCUUGAGGGAGUUGAGAGUGCAUUGGGAUUAUCAAAGGGUUCACUUCAGAGACCCUUUUAUACUAGAGUUCAGUUAUGGGGGGCAGCUCUUCCGAAAAAUACUCCUGGUAUCCCAUGCAUCUUUGAUCCUCAAGGAAGGGCUGGAAUAUGUGGAGAUUGGCUCCUGGGUUCAAAUAUGGAGUCUGCCGCCUUGAGUGGCAUGGCUCUCGCCAAUCAUAUUGCUGAUUAUUUCCAGAGUGGUGGAUCUCAGUUAGAUGAGUUUGCGAUUGGUUUACAUGAUGAAUUUCAUCCUGUUGAAGGACAUGAUAUCGGGCAGUUUCUAGGCGUGCAGUCUAACAAGGAAGUAACUGAGUUUCAGGCUUGUAGAACAUAAAGCAUACUGUGUUGAACAUUGGGUUAAAGCUUCACAUUUUCUGUGCCAAAAGAAGUCAAUAGCGUACAGUUGUGGCGGUUGCAAAUUUCAUGCUUUCAAAAAACAAGAGAGUUGGUAGAGGCGAACACUGCAAAUUACAUAUAAAGAAAAUGCGAUUGCCAUUAUGGUCUCUCUGUAACCCUGUUGCUAUUUCAUAAAAAGGUUCGACUUUCUUUCAAUGCUCAACAGAACAAAUAUUACUGUUUUGAUUGGUUUAGGAACAAGUUAUUUAAGCUUCAGGAAUUAGUUUUGCUCAGUUUCUUAUCUGACAUCCUAUACCUGUUGCUAACCUUUCUUAAUUGCAUAAAAAACACCACAUGCAGGAUCAACGGCUUUCCCAUGGCCUGCCUAAUGUAACCUUUACAUGUUUCUCAGCUUUCUAUUCUAACCCCCUCAUUUCUAAUUGUGAUGGGUCAUCACAUGUGGUUGUAAUCCUUGCAGUCUUAGUAGGACUGCAGUGUGAGUAGAGUUCAAACUUUCUAUUCUGUUUUCCAUUGAAACAAUGUUGUAUCAGUUGUAUGCCAAAAAAAAAAUAAAAAAAAAAGAACUGAGGACAAUUUGAUGUCAUUAA